GCUAUAGAGAAAUAUACAGUGAGAAGAAACAAACUAUACAGUCAAAACAUGGUAUCUUCGUGAAACACACUACACCUGCUAACCUGUCAACAAGUGUCAGUGCUCCCCUGCUCUCCACCAGCUAUUCUCCAGUCUCAUCAGAGGAGAGAGAACCUGAUAACCCUGUGGCUGCAGCAUCCACAUCAUCCAGCAGUUAGUUUUAGUUCAGUGCCUCACACGUUCUUCAUGCCCAAUGUGUUUUCAGCUGUGUCUGUUAAUGGUUGCACUGCUGUGAUCCAUCACCUCCUAGAGAUGCAUCCUGACUUAUCUCCACACUUGCACACUGAAGAAUGCAACAUCUUGAUUAACUUGCUUAAGGAAUGUCACAAAAAUCACAACAUUCUGAAAUUUUUUGGUCAUUGCAAUGAUCUUGAUCGGGAAAUGAGAAAAUGCUUGAAAAAUGAGUACAUGGAAAAGAGGACCAGGAGCAGGGAGCAUGGCAAUUCAAUGAGGAAGAGGCUUUUCAGUUCUCCAGAGGAGUCUGAAAAAUGAGUUACUUUUCCACGGGACACCAAGGCUCAGAGAAGACCUGGCACUGUGGCUGGUAGACAGAAGAAUCCUCUUUUGCUCUCCAAAUGGAAAGUGACUCUUGAGGGAUUGAACCAUGGAGAAGAACAAAAACCUGGGUUCUGAAUCACUGCUGAGCAGAGGCUUCAGUGUUUUCAGCUGUACCAACAAACCUGACUCCCCCAUGCUUCUUCCCUUGUCUACUUCCACUUAGUAUUGAGUAAAUUACUCCUUCAAUAAAUAG